AUGGAAGCUGACGGCAAUGGAUUCCUUGACCAGGGUGACCAGACGCCCCGUGAUGGCUGUGAGGUGAAGCCUUGCAGGAAAGUGGCUGUGAUUCAAUGCUGUGCAGUAACCUUGGCUUCUGUUUCCUGCGCUUCUAAAGCAGAUCUAGGAAGACGCACCUCCACUCCAGCACCCCAGAGCAAAAUCUCUACUGAUGGGAAACUGCAGCGUAAGCAGAAACACAGAGAGUCGACACCCAAAGAUGAAUAUGUGAAGAAACUGAGAAAUCUUUCUGCACAAGAUAGUCGACCACUUCCUGUGGGAUAUACAGCGACUCCACAUCCUGACAGUUCUGCAACCCAGGGCAACUUCAUUUCCCUACAAACUCCCCAGCAGAUUCCUUCAGAGCAGAUCUUGUAUCACUGUACUGAAUGUGGCACCAAUUUCAUUGACCGGGGAAAGCUGAAAACACACCAGCGAAUUCACACAGGGGAGAAACCGUUUCAGUGUUCAGAGUGUGGGAGGCGUUUUAAUCACAAAGGAAACCUUCAAACCCACCAGCUAACUCACACUGCAGAUAAACCAUUUCACUGUGCAGAUUGUGGGAAAGGUUUUAAUCACAAAGGUAAACUUCAAACACACCAGUUAACACACAGUACAGAUAAACCAUUUCACUGUGCUGAUUGUGGGAAAUGUUUUAAUCACAAAGGUAACCUUCAAACACACCAGUUAACACACAGUACAGAUAAACCAUUUCACUGUGCUGAUUGUGGGAAGAGUUUUACUCAUAAAUGUAGACUUCAGUUACACCAACGAAUUCACACAGGAGAGAAACCGUAUGAGUGUCCUGACUGUGGGAGGCGUUUUAAUCAGAAAGGACACUUUCAAAGACACCAGCUAACUCACAGUACAGAUAAACCAUUUCAAUGUGCCGAUUGUGGGAAAGGCUUUAAUCAGAAAACUUCACUUCAAGCACACCUGCAAAUUCACACAGGAGAGAAACCGUAUGAGUGUCCUGACUGUGGGAGGCGUUUUCAUCAGAAAGGAAGCUUUGAAAGACACCAGCUAACUCACAGUACAGAUAAACCGUUUAAUUGUGCUGAUUGUGGGAAAGGUUUUAAACGUAAAACUUCACUUCAAGCACACCAGCAAAUUCACAAGGGAGAGAAACCGUUUCAAUGUGCUGAUUGUGGGAAAGGUUUUUAUCAGAAAUGUGUCCUUCGAAAACACCAGCUAACUCACAGUACAGAUAAACCGUUUCACUGUGCUGAUUGUGGGAAAGGUUUUAAUCAGAAAUGUGACCUUCAACAACACCAGCGAAUUCACACAGGAGAGAAACCGUUUCAGUGUCCUGACUGUGGGAGGCGUUUUAAUCACAAAGGUAACCUUCAAACACACCAGCGAAUUCACACAGGAGAGAAACCGUUUCACUGUGCUGAUUGUGGGAAAGGUUUUAAUCAGAAAUGUGACCUUCAACAACACCAGCUAACUCACACAAGAUAGAAACCGACAGCUUUGAAAAUCUAUUUACAAACAUUAAUACUGAAGCUAAAUGGAAAAGACAUUUCAGUGAAAAACGAGGUGUAGUGGAGUCUGUUGAGGUCCCUCUAGGAGUAAGAUUUGACAGCAGAAGAAACCGGGAUACAGGCACAUAUGAUCACGAUCCUGUAACUGACAAGUGUAUUUAUAUUCCAUUGUUAGAAACUUUAAAGUUUAUAUUUAGGAGUCCAGACAUUUGUAAUCCUAUUGUACAACCCUGUGAACAAAACGUGGUUUAUAAAGAUUUCUGGUGACGGCAGCUGCUAUAGAAAUCAUCCACUUUUCUCUCGGCAUAGAAAUGCAUUUCAAAUACAACUUUACUAGGAUGACUUUGAAACUGCAAACCCAUUAGGAUCCAAGCAAGGGAUACAUCAAAUUGGAAGCUUAUAUUUUAUUCUUAGAAAUCUUUCACCAAAGGUAAAUUCAGCACUAAUGAAUAUUCACCUUGUUUCACUGUUCCACACAGAAGAUAUUAAAAAGUAUGGCUUUAAUGCUAUACCACAACCUCACGUUGAUGAUUAAAACAUUCUUGAAAGUACUGGAAUUAAAGUUCCUUUUUCUGAAGAACCAAUUGAUGGUACAGUUGCUCAGGUCACAGGAGAUACCUUAGGGGUGCACACACUUCUGGGGUUCAGGGAAUCUUUCAGUUCAGUUUUUUUCUGUCGACUCUGCUUGAUUGAUAAGAAUGCGUCUCAGUCAGUAUUCAGCGACGAUGAUUCUAACAUCAUAUUACGUGACAGAGUUUUGCAUGAACAGCAUUGCAAUGAUCUGCUAGCAGACCCUACAUGACCCUCCUCCUUUGGAAUGAAGCGAUAUUGUUUGCUGAAUGACUUACAGUUUCUUUCUCAUUUCUGAUCAUUUUGCUUUUGAUAUUAUGCGCGAUGUCCUCGAAGGCGUCCCCCAGUAUGAAAUGAAGUUGCUUUUCUGACAGUGUCAUCUCCAAGCAUGACAUCAUUAAUAGAAUUCACUCUUAGAAUUAUGGUUUGUUGGAGAGAAUGAAUCAUCCAAGGUUCAAUCUAGAGCAGUCUGGCAAUGGGAUAGAGCUCAAUGCGAUGCGGGCAGCAGUGUGGAGUAGCGGUUAGGGCUCUGGACUCUUGACCGGAGGGUCGUGGGUUCAAUCCCAGGUGGGGGGACACUGCUGCUGUACCCUUGAGCAAGGUACUUUAGCUAGAUUGCUCAAGUAAAAACCAGACUGUAUAAAUGGGGAAUUGUAUGUAAAAAAUAAUGUGUUAUCUUGUAACAAUUGUAAGUCGCCUUGGUUAAGGGUGUCUGCUAAGAAAUAAGUAAUAAUAUUCAAACAUUCUGCUUAAUUAAAAAUAUUUCCCUAGUAUUUGGAGACAUUGUAAAUCAGGGAAACAAAAAUCGGAGCUUGCUUCUGAUGUUGUUAAAUAUUUUCAAUAUUGUUUUUUCACCAGUGAUUGCUGAGGGUAUGACAGUGUAUCUCAAGCACCUAAUUGCAGAACAUCAUAAGCUUUUCAGAGAGCUAUACCCACAAUGCAAUUCGAUUCCAAAGCACCAUUUCAUGAUCCAUUAUCCCAGAUGCAUCAGAAAAAUAGAUCCAUUAUUGCAUUUCUGGGCAAUGAGAUUUGAGGCAAAGCACUAGUUUAUUAAAAACAGUGUCAAGAAUUUCAAAACUAUUAACAAAUCACUGGACCAAAAACACCAAAUAGCUACAGCAUGCCACUGGGAGUCUUUAUCAAUAAAGACUAUUGAAUGUGGACCUCUUAAAACACAAGCUUUAAAUGAUUUUCCUGACUGUGAAAUUAUAGCGGAAAAACUGCAAGUUGGUUUAGAUUGUGAAAUUAAUAUUACUUCUAGGAUUAGAUACUCAGGAACUGAAUAUCGGACCGGCCGUCUGAUUUGUAUAAAAAUAGAAGACGAAAUUGCGGUAUUUAGUAAAAUAACUGGAAUUGUUCGAGAAGCUGAACAAUAUAUUUUAGUGGCAUCUGAAUUUGAAACAGUUUGUUUUGUAGAACAUCUUCAUUCAUUUCAUGCGAGAGGAACUUGGAAAAACGUUCCAUUUGAUCUUCAGACUUCAUAUGGCUUUGAAGAACCUGAUUUGCAUGCGGUUCCAGUGAGUUAUUUAAUGUAUAUGCCAACCACAACAUUGUAUUUUGAUUUUAAGUUCUAUAGUUUUGGAAUUGAAAUAAGUAUCGUGGCACUUUGAGGGCUGGUUAUGCAAUGGGAAUUUCUAUAAAUAGGGAGAUAUAAAGGAAGAUGUAAAUAUCGCUCCUUCCACAGAAGGUGCAGGUUUGUCACUGCUUCCAUUGAAUUGAGGAGAUUUAGAAAUCGCAGCCAAAAGUGUGUUCACAAAGAACGUCCAAAAUAUGAGAUCCAAAGGCAACCAAACCACUCACCGUGGACACAAACUUUUGGCUGUGAUGUCAAAAUCUCCCGAGUUAAAGUGAAGCAGUAACUCAAUGUCAUGUUCUGGAGUUAAAUGCAUUUGUGUGAAUUACAAGUUGGGCUACAGAAAUAGUACAAAAUAACCCAGGAUGGCAGUGAGGACAUUUUGAUUUAGAAAAUGAUAUUCAAGUGUACUUUUUUUUCCUUUACCAGCAGUUAUUCUUGUGGAUGAACACUGUUGUCUAAAAGUAACUGACAUCCAAAAAUUAUAAACUGUACUUAGUGUCCAAAAGGUGUAUUUUGUGAAAUAAAUGCUUUGUUUUAAUAGA